GUCAUGCGAAAGACAAACGGUCAUAAGAAUGUGGUACAAAAGUCAAAAGAGAGAUAAAGAGAGAGUUGGGUUAGAAGGAAGCGGGAAGCCGAAGAAGUCGUCAAACCCCACAACACCAGAAAAUCAAACUAUCAUUGAUGAAUGAAAGAUUCAUUCUUUAGUCAUUUUUCAUGUUAAUUUUGUGUUUUGUUAAUUACCCAAAUCGUUUCUCUCUCAGAAUCUCAGACAAAAAUUUAAAACUUGAGGAAAUCUUGAAUUUUAGCUCAUUCAGAGCAGAAAGUCACUUCCUCAAGAUUCUGACUUUCAUUACUUUCUCAUUUCCCAAUUCCCAAUUCCCAAUCCCAGCGACAAUCGGGGGAAGAUCUUUCUUUCUAAAAUUGCAGGUAAAAUAGUCUUGUCGUCUCAGACUUGUAGAUGGGAGAUGAAAGCCCGGAAUACACUGUCGAUGAGGCUCUUGUGGCCAUGGGGUUUGGAAAGUUUCAAAUUCUUGUGCUUGCUUAUGCUGGCAUGGGUUGGGUCUCAGAAGCAAUGGAGAUGAUGCUACUCUCGUUUGUUGGACCAGCCGUUCAGUCUGCUUGGGGUCUUUCUUCCCAACAAGAAAGUUUCAUAACCAGCGUGGUUUUUGCUGGAAUGCUAGUUGGAGCGUACACAUGGGGCAUAGUAUCUGAUAAACACGGACGUAGGAAAGGUUUUCUCAUUACAGCCACAAUUACUUUUGGAGCUGGAUUUCUGAGUGCUCUUUCGCCUAAUUAUACAUCCUUGAUCCUUCUUCGUUGUUUGGUCGGUGUUGGUUUGGGCGGUGGCCCUGUACUCUCAUCCUGGUUUCUGGAGUUCAUUCCUGCUCCUAACAGAGGCACCUGGAUGGUUGUUUUUUCAGCUUUUUGGACUCUUGGAACAAUUCUCGAGGCUUCACUUGCAUGGUUUGUCAUGCCAACACUGGGCUGGAGGUGGCUACUUGGACUGUCUUCACUCCCUUCGUCGCUUCUCCUUGUAUUCUAUUGGGUAGCACCUGAAUCACCGAGGUAUUUAUGCUUAAAAGGGAGAACAACUGAGGCAAUCAAUAUUUUGGAGAGGGUAGCAAGACUGAAUGGAACAAAACUCCCUUCUGGAAACCUUGUCUCUGAUUUAAAAAUCGAGUUAUCUGAAAAGAGUACUCUAUCAGAAGAUGCACGUUUGAUCUCACCAACAGAAAAUGAAGAUACAUCACCUAAGGAGAUGGAUUCUUCUGAUAUUGGGGGCAUCUCUUCACUGUCAAUGCUUCUUUCCCCAAAAUUAGUCAGAUCUACCUUGCUCUUAUGGGUAGUAUUCUUUGGGAAUGCUUUUUCAUAUUAUGGCCUGGUGCUUCUGACCACUGAGUUGAGCAAUGGACAUAGUAAAUGUACGCCGGAUAAAUUACAGUCAGACAAAUUGCUGGAUACUGGCUAUAGAGAUGUUUUCAUCGCUAGUUUUGCAGAGUUACCUGGGCUCUUCAUAUCUGCUGCCAUGGUCGAUAGACUGGGUCGUAAGCUUUCAAUGUCAGCCAUGUUCUUCUUGUGUUGCAUUUUUCUACUCCCCUUGGUAAUUCAACAGUCUCAGGGCUUGACCACUAGCCUUCUUUUUGGAGCUCGCAUAUGCAUCACAGCGACCUUCACAAUAGUCUAUAUAUAUGCCCCAGAGAUAUACCCAACUUCAGUCCGAACAACCGGCGUCGGAGUUGCAAGUGCAAUGGGAAGAAUUGGUGGAAUGAUAUGUCCUCUUGUGGCAGUAGGUUUGGUACAUGGAUGCCAUCAGACAGCAUCCAUUCUGCUCUUUGAGAUUGUAAUUUUUCUUUCGGGGGUAUGCGUAUUGCUCUUCCCAUUUGAAACCAAGGGCUGUGAAUUGAGCGAUACUGUAUCAUCUAACUCAAAGAAUCAAAGCCAGUAACAUUUGUAUGAAUAUCCCACAUACAGUAGAGGGGGCUUUGCCCCCAGUCCUUACACACUGUCCAUUUGAUAAACAUGAAGGACAAAAAGAAUUAGGCAGGGCUUCACUUGUUCAUUAUACCAAAUGCAGCUUGUGAAAAUUAAGCAGCUCAA